AUGGCUACCGACGAGCCCUCUCCCUCUCGCUGGAGCUUUCUGUGGAGGAAGAAGCUGCCUGAAGAACCAGAAGAUGGAUCAUCCAACACCAAGGAAGAACCUUCCCAAGUAGUCACCAGUCCACUUCAGGAGGGUAACACUGGCUUGGCCAAUGGGAUUAGAGAGAAACCGAAAAAGUCAAUGUUUCCACCUUUUGAAUCUGCAGAAACUCGUGCGCUCGCAGAGAGUUUGAGUAGGGAUAUCAUACGUGGGAAUCCAAAUGUCAAGUGGGAAAGCAUCAAGGGUUUAGAGAACGCGAAAAGGUUGCUCAAAGAAGCUGUGGUGAUGCCUAUCAAAUACCCCUCCUACUUUAAUGGUCUACUAUCUCCGUGGAAAGGUAUUCUUCUGUUUGGUCCACCUGGUACCGGAAAGACUAUGCUUGCAAAGGCUGUUGCUACAGAGUGUAACACAACGUUUUUCAAUAUCUCAGCCUCUUCUGUUGUUAGCAAAUGGAGAGGUGGUUAUUUUCUUACACCUUUGUUUUACUCAAAUGGUGCACUCUUUAUAUUGUGUUGUGAUGUUUUUUUUUCAGGUGAUUCUGAGAAGUUGAUAAGAGUGCUGUUUGAUCUAGCUAAGCAUCAUGCACCUGCCACAAUCUUUCUUGAUGAAAUAGACGCAAUUAUAAGCCAACGUGGUGGUGAAGGACGUAGUGAACAUGAAGCAAGCAGGCGUCUCAAAACUGAACUGCUCAUUCAGAUGGAUGGGCUACAGAAAACAAAUGAGCUUGUAUUUGUUUUAGCAGCAACAAAUCUCCCUUGGGAACUAGAUGCAGCUAUGCUCCGGAGACUAGAGAAACGAAUUCUAGUACCUUUACCUGAUCCUGAAGCAAGAAGAGGAAUGUUUGAGAUGCUCUUGCCGUCACAACCGGGAGAUGGGCCGUUGCCUCAUGAUGUGCUGGUUGAGAAAUCAGAGGGUUACUCUGGUUCAGACAUUAGGAUACUUUGUAAGGAAGCUGCUAUGCAACCAUUGAGACGCACGUUAGCUUUGUUGGAAGACAAAGUGGAACUUGUGCCUGAAGAUGAGUUGCCAGAAGUGGGACCUAUCUUACCAGAAGACAUUGAUAGAGCUCUGAGUAAUACAAGACCAUCGGCUCAUCUGCACGCCCAUCUCUACGACAAGUUCAACGAUGAUUAUGGUAGUCAUAUCCUUAAGUAA